CUGACAGGGAGGCGCGGAUCCUCCUCUGCGUCGCCGGGCUGGCCUCCGCCGCGGCGCUCGCCGUCUGCGCCAGGUCGAGCAGCGAGGCGGUGGACGUGUCCUCCGGCUCCUGGGGGGAAAACUAACAUUUGAAAGCGCAAUUUUCAGACUGUCUCCUCGCAAUCAGCAAGACGGAAUAGAUCAGGACGGCAGCGGCAGGUUCUCGAGUGUGGUCCCCUCGGUCCGCCUACGCCGGCCAAAUGGAAAACAAUCUCUUGCUCCCGAGGGCGGGCAAACCCCCGCGUUUGACCUUUUUCACCAUUGAACGGAAAGAGCACACGAGCAGCAGCAGUUUGAGCACUUCGGCCGCCUGCUCGGACCUGCGCUCGCGGAGAUGUCGCUGGAUGUCGCGGAUCCAAGCCACCCGCUUGACGUACGGGCUGCGCUCGCUUUUGCGCAGCAUCGCCGGCAGCUUGUCGGACUUGAGCAUCAAGGAGAUUGCGGCCGGCGACGAGCAGCGAGCUUCUUGCCCCGAGGACCCCGACCCAAGUCCAGGAAUCGCCGAUCGCAAGGGCGUCAAAAUGGUGAAGGUGACCGUCGUGCUGGCGGUGACGCUGCUGGUGGUGGCGGCGGUGGCCAUAUUUGUGGGCGUGUACUUUGGCACCGGCGGGAAGACGCGGCCGGGCGACCACGUGUACCUGCGGGCGGCCGUGGCGGCGGACGCCGGGCCGUGCUCGGUGGUUGGCAGCGACACGCUGAAGAAAGGAGGCUCGGCCGUGGACGCCGCCAUCGCCGCCUUGCUUUGCGUCGGACUGAUGAACGCUCACAGUAUGGGCAUCGGUGGAGGGCUCUUCAUCACCAUCUACAACGCAACAACCGGCGCGGUGGAAACUAUCGACGCCCGGGAGACGGCGCCUCGCGACGCGACUGAGAACAUGUUUGGGAACAGCACUGAUUUGUCCCAGAAAGGAGCUUUAUCCAUCGCCGUUCCCGGAGAGAUUCGAGGUUACGAGCUGGCUCACGACCGGCACGGAAAACUUCCCUGGAAGGAUUUGUUCCAGCCGAGCAUCGAUCUGGCGGAGAGAGGAUUUCCUUUAGGCAGGGCGCUCGCCUCGGCUCUGGCGCGACAUAAGACGACCGUCGUCAAGGACGCGGCCUUGUGUGAGGUUUUCUGCAGCGCCGGCGGCGGCGACGUCUUGAAAGAGAACGAUACCAUCAGGUUUCCAGAGCUUGCAAAGACUUACAGGAAAAUAGCAGAAGGGGGCGCUGACGUCUUCUACCGUGGGGAAAUUGCGAAGAAUUUGGUCGCGGAUAUUCAAGAUGCAGGCGGAAUCAUCACAAUGGAGGAUCUGAGGGAUUAUGCGCCCGUCUUGGAUGAGGAGCCUUUGAGCGUGAACGUGGGGGAGUACACCAUGUCGGUUCCCAACGCCCCCGCCAGCGGCCCCGUGCUCUCGCUGAUACUGAACAUCUUGAAUGGGUAUAAUUUGACGCCCGAGAGCGUAGCGAGCACCGACGCGAAGAUCCUGACGUACCACCGCGUCACGGAGGCCUUCCGCUUCGCCUACGCCAAGAGGACCUUGCUGGGGGAUCGCGCCUUCCUUAACAUCACGGAUCUCAUCGAGAACAUCACCUCACUGCCGUACGCCGACGAGCUGCGAGCGAGGAUUACGGACUGGACCACGCAUAACAUGAGCUACUACGAACCCGAGUUUUAUCUCCCCGACAACCACGGCACCUCGCACAUCUCCGUGGUGGCGGAGGACGGAAGCGCCGUGGCGGCCACCAGCACCAUCAACCAGUAUUUGGGCUCCAAAGUCAUGUCGGCGUCGACGGGAAUCCUCCUCAACAACGAAAUGGACGACUUCAGCUCCCCGCUCAUCACCAACGGUUUUGGAGUGCCUCCGUCGCCCAGCAACUUCAUCAGGCCAGGGAAAAGGCCCAUGUCCUCCAUGUGUCCAACCAUCCUCUUCGACGAAAACCGCCGAGUGAAGAUGGUGGUGGGCGGCUCGGGCGGUACGAAGAUCACGACCGCCGUUGCUCAGGUGAUCCUGAAAGCGCUCUUCUUCAACUACGACCUGAAGAAAGCCGUGUCCGACCCGAGGCUCCACAACCAGCUGAGUCCCAACGCCACUGUGGCCGAGCCCGACUUCGACAAAGUUGUCCUGCAGGGUCUGGCAAAGAAGAACCACGUGACGCAGUUUCUCAAGUCGAGCGGUGCCGUGGUGCAGGCGGUGGUCCGCUACGAGGACGGACUCCACGCCCAGUCGGACCCUCGCAAGUGGGCGUACGCCGCGGGCUACUGAGCUCACGGCGUAAUUCGGGAUUCGGAUUCGGAGACCCUCGGGACUACUGCCAGGUGUCUUUUUUUGUUUGUUUUUGUUUUUGCACCAAACGCUCUCCCAAUAAGUUUUAUUUGAUUAAGUGCGUCAGGAACCAAAAAAAAUCGGAUUUGCUCCUGGUGUGCGCGUCAUUUUUGGACAUCGCCUCGGUCCUUUUUAAAGGAGCGACGGAAUAUUUCAAGCACAGCCAGCCUCUCUUUGGGCCUUUUCCUGAUCACAAAAGUCAUAAAAGUGUACGAUCCUUUAUUUAUGAAGGCCUUUUGUAAAUCAUCAGCGCUCUUAAGUCAUUGCUGUCCAUUAAAAUUCGUGAAAAUUUUUCACAUUA